AACCAAAAAAAUCUAAUUUCAAUCUCAGCCGACCUCUUGCCUCUCUCUCUCCACUUGUUGCCUUUUUGUUUCUUCUCUUCUUCAAUUUCUAAUCUCCACCUUGCUCUCUAUCUCCUUUCUUCUCUAUUAGUGUUGAUUCUUAACUCCCGAUCAACACAUGAUCACUGUGCGUAGAGAUGGAGUUUGUGCUUGUUAACUGGAGUUGGUGCUUGGUGGGGACUCUAGGAGGACUUGCAACCCUUGUGGAGGGUGAGGUGGAGGUGGUGGAGCAUGGAGCUGCUGCUCCAUUGGCUGCUGCGGCAGUUUGAGAAUUGUUUGCCUCCACCGGUUUGACUUUGAAAUACACCUUCAGCUGCCAGUUGAUGAAAACCAAACAGUUGUCAGGGGUGGAUUUUAAGAUCAAGCUGCUAACAGUAGGUGGGAAGAAAUUGAAGUUCACAAUUUGGGAUACAGGUGCGUAGAGAUGAAGUUUGUGCUUGCUUAUGAUCUUUCAUGCGUUUCAAUUCCAAAUUUAUCAUUUUAUAGUUCCAAUUUGUCUUAGUAGCCUAUUACUUCAUGUGUGGUCCUUAGUUCAAAACUUUUGAAAGAUGCAAGAGAGGGGAAUACGUCCAGUAUGAAAAGUUGAACUGUUUUAUUGGAGUCAAUCAUCCAUUUACUUUAGAUUUUUCAAAUUGUGAAAGGAGCAUGCUUCUCCGAUCUGUUUUUACCUUUGGCCUUUCUCGUAAUAGUCUUGCUUCCGCAGUUUUAUGUUGGCAUGGGAAUAAGUGAUGCCUGAAAUC